GCUUAGGAAACUACUCCGGAGCUCUUCGCGAGGGAAAGCGGAGGUAGUUUGGCCCACGUCGCCUGCCAUUCCGGAGGGGGGGGGGCGUCACGCAGAGGAUUGUGGGUGCGGUUCCCACGUGAGGCUCUGGGAAGACUUCUAGGAGUGUUUGGUUUCUUCAAGCAUUUGUCCAGUCAGACAUUUAAAAAUGUCAUCCAAACAAGAGAUAAUGAGUGACCAGCGGUUUAAGCGGGUUACAAAGGACCCAAGAUUUUGGGAAAUGCCAGAGAAGGAUCGAAAAGUCAAAAUCGAUAAGAGAUUUCGAGCAAUGUUUCAUGACAAAAAAUUCAAGUUGAAUUAUGCGGUGGAUAAAAGAGGACGCCCCAUCACCCACAGCACUACCGAGGACUUGAAACGUUUUUACGAUCUUUCAGAUUCUGAUUCAGAUCUCUCAGAUGAAGAUAACAAAGCAUUAAACCAAAAGAAAAUAAAGAAGAAAAAACCCCAGAAAAAUGAAAUUGAAUCAACAAAUCUAGUUGAGAAAAAGAAAGAAACUAAGAAAAUUACCCAAAAAGAUUCUGGAAAUAAAAAUGAUUUGGAUAACUCUGACAAAAUUCAGAAAAUGAAAAACUCAUGCAAACAUAAGAAGGUAGAUUCAAAAAUAAGUCCCAAGAAAGAUAGGGAAGAACUUAUACUAAAAAGUACAAAAGUGGAAAAAAGUAAUGUUCAACAUAAUACAGACUUGUGUCCCAAAGGAAGACUACGGACAGUAGACUCGGGCACUUCUGAAAUUGUGAAAUCUCCCAAAAUCAAGUAUUCUAAGACAAGAAGAGAAAUGCAGUCAGGGGUUCCACUCUCAGUGGCAAGACACAAUGAUUGUAAUGAAAACUCACCGGGUAAAAAGAUGUUUGAUAAAGAUGUUCUGGAGGAAGAUUUAGAAAGCACUAGUGAAAUAGGAAAUGAUGAAGAAUCUGAAGAUGGGGUUACAGGCAUUGAUAGAGCUUCAGCUGAUGAGGAUAACAGUGAUGAAAAUGAGGAAGAUGAGGAUGAAAAUGAGGAAGAUGAGGAUGAAAAUGAUGAUAGUGAGGAUGAUGAUGAAAGUGAGGAAGAUGAGGACGAAAAUGGUGAUAGUGAGGAUGAUGAUGAAAGUGACAGUGGCCCUGAUCUUGCGAGAGGUAAAGGAAAUAUAGAAACUAGUUCCGAAGAUGAAGAAGAUAUGGAAGAUUUACUUCCAGAGGAAUCUGGUUUUGAGCAUGCUUGGAGAGAACUAGAUAAAGAUGCUCCUCGGAGUGAUGAGAUUACACGUCGAUUAGCAGUUUGCAACAUGGACUGGGAUAGAUUAAAGGCAAAAGAUUUGCUGGCUCUGUUCAAUUCAUUUAAACCUAAAGGAGGUGUUAUAUUUUCUGUCAAGAUAUAUUUUUCAGAGUUUGGAAAAGAAAGGAUGAAGGAAGAGCAAGUUCAAGGACCAGUCGAGUUAUUAAGUAUUCCUGAAGAUGCCCCUGAAAAGGACUGGACCUCUAGAGAAAAAUUGAGAGAUUACCAAUUCAAACGACUAAAAUACUAUUAUGCAGUAGUAGACUGUGAUUCCCCUGCAACAGCCGCUAAACUCUAUGAGGAUUGUGAUGGCCUGGAAUUCGAAAGUAGUUGUUCCUUUGUAGAUCUGAGGUUUAUACCAGAUGAUAUUACUUUUGAUGAUGAGCCCAAGGACGUAGCCUUAGAAGUGGAUUUAACAGCAUAUAAACCAAAAUAUUUCACAUCUGCUGCAAUGGGAACGUCAACGGUUGAGAUCACUUGGGAUGAGACUGAUCAUGAAAGAAUUACCACACUCAACAGGAAGUUUAAAAAGGAAGAGCUUUUGGACAUGGAUUUUCAAGCCUAUUUAGCUUCCUCUAGUGAAGAUGAAGAGGACAUAGAAGAUGGACUACGAGGUGAUGAUGAAGUCAAUGCAGAAGAAGAUGGGAAAACAAAAAAACAUCAGAAAGAUGAUGAAGAACAAAUCGCUAAAUAUAGGCAACUCUUGCAAGUUAUUCAAGAAAAAGAAAAUAAAAAAAAAGAAAAUGAUAUGGAAAUGGAAAUUAAGUGGGUUCCAGGUCUUAAAGAAAGUGCAGAAGAGAUGGUCAAAAACAAAUUGGAAGGAAAAGAUAAACUGACCCCUUGGGAACAAUUUUUAGAGAAGAAGAAGGAGAAAAAAAGACUGAAAAAGAAACAGAAGGCUCUUGCUGAAGAGUCCAGUGAAGAUGAACUUCCUUCUGAUGUUGAUAUGAAUGACCCAUACUUUGCUGAAGAAGUUAAAAAAAUUGAAAAGAAGAAAUCAGUGAAAACUGCAACAGAUGGCCCAUCUCCAGAGGAGGAGGCUGAAAUAGAGAAACAAAAGGCUGAAAUGGCUUUGCUCAUGAUGGAUGAGGAGGAAGACAACAAGAAACACUUCAAUUACAACAAGAUUGUGGAGCACCAGAAUCUAAGCAAAAAGAAGAAAAAACAGCUUAUGAAAAAGAAGGAAUUAUUAGAGGAUGACUUUGAGGUAAAUGUUAAGGAUUCACGGUUUCAGGCAAUGUAUACUUCCCACUUAUUCAAUUUGGAUCCUUCGGAUCCUAACUUCAAGAAAACAAAAGCUAUGGAGAAAAUUCUUGAGGAGAAAGCCCGGCAAAGAGAACAAAAAGAACAAGAACUAACUCAGGCAAUAAAGAAAAAAGAGAGUGAAAUUCAAAAGGAAUCACAAAAGAGGUCCAUUGAUCCUGCCUUGUCAAUGUUGAUUAAAUCGGUAAAAAACAAAACAGAGCAGUUUCAAGCAAGAAAAAAACAAAAAGUCAAAUAGCUGUAUGUUGUUUCCUUUUAUAUUAGGAAUGUGAUCUCCCUACAGUUUACAGAAGUGGUAGAAAGAAUAUUUAUUGGGAACAAAGCUACCUUUCAAGAAUAUGAAUAAAGUCUUACUCUGAUGAUUGAAAAAUGUCUCUUGUAUAUAAUAGUUAAACCUAAUUGUGGAUGAUUGACAUACUUGUGCUCUGUAUUUCCACAGAUUAAUUGUAGCUAAUUCAAUUAAUUUAAAUUAUAGUAUUUAUAAACUACUAAAUUUUAUAUUUUAUGAAAUUCACUUCAUACUAGAAGAUUAUUCUAAAGUAGCUUUUUUAAAAGACUUUAUAAUUUUAUGUAAAAAAAUAGAACACAGUGCUGAUUUAUUUUUAUAGCACUAAUGAGAUGGAAGCCAAUCACUUUCUUUAUUGUUUGGACAUGCUUAUUAUAGUUGGAUUAUGAAAUUAAUUUGUAAAUAAAAAGUACUAAGAAUUUUUAUUAUUUUA